UACAAAUGGGAAAUCAAGUGUAUUUUGCUAAAACAAUGGAUGCUUCAAUUUUUAAUCAACACACACCUUUGAACACAUAAAUUCAACAUCUUGGUGGACAAUUUUACCAGCACCUUGAAAGAGUUGAACUGUAUAAGCUAAAAAAUGAAGUAACAAAAUUCCCAACAAUAUUUGAAAAAAGAAUAGCUAAAUCUGAAUAAGAGGGAUAAUUACUCAAUCUUCAUAAUUAAGCCUAAAGCUUAUAUCAUCCAAAUUUAAUUAAAUAUUAUGGAUUCUGUAUUGAAUCCCAAAUUACCACUAAUUUGAUCAUUAGUAAAUGGUAUUAUUAAGCACUUUAUAAGACAUCUAAAAAUAUUUGUGCUCAUCACUUUUAAUAUAAAUCAUUGAUCCCAGAAAAAGACUUAUGGAAGGUAUUAAUAUUAAAUCAUAUUUAAAUAGCUCCUAUCUCAAAUAAUUCAAGGACUUCAAUUCUUAGAGAACAAACAGCAAUGGCAUCUGCAAAUCCAACCUGAUGCCAUCUAUUUAGAUGAUAACAUGCAAGUUAGAUUGAUUCCAAUGGGAGUGUUAAGAAUGAUGAGUGGAUAUUCUCUUGUCCUUAACAAAUAAGGGUAGGCACUGCUUUCUCCAGAAUUAAUUGAACAAUUAAGACUAAACAAUAUCAAUCCUGUUCACAAUCCUUCUAAAUCAGAUGUCUUUUCUUUAGGUAUGACUAUGUUAGAAUUGAUGACACUCAAAAGUAGUUUUGAUUGCUAUUCCUUUGAUUCUAAUCCCCCUUAAUUACACGAUCGAAUAAUUGAAGAACGUUUGUAAGAAUCAAUUAUGAAUGGUUAUUCUGAAGAUUUAAUCAAGUUAACCAAAAACAUGCUCCACAGAGAUAUGAAUUAUCGAAUUGGAAUCAAAGAUGUUUUAGUACAUAAUUAUGAUAUAUUCUUAGAAUUCUAAAGAAUUAAACCAAAAUUAACAUAAUCAAAGUGACAAUUUUUCUCCUUUGAAACAAACAAUCAAUAUGAAUCCGAGAUAAUAGAACAUUAUUUAGCAGGACUAAAAACCCUUAAUAUAGCCUUCUAUUCCUGCAAUAGUAGAAUAGCAAAUUCCUCCCUAAAAUCAAAUUUCUAGCUUCAAUCCUCAUCUUCAAUUAGAUAGCAUUUCCCAUUUUUAACAAUCAUACUCUUUUAGAGAAAAAACAGAUGAAGAAUUGCUUUUAAGAGAAUAACAAAUAAAUAGAUAAUUAGAAUAGUAAUUAAAAUAAUAGCAAUUACUAUUAUAAUAAUAAUAUUAAUAACAAUAAAAAUAAUAGCAAAUCAUUGAAGAAUAGUAGAGACAAUUAUUUUCACUUUAAUAGCAAAUUAAAUAGAUUGCUAAUCAAUUAGAAGAAAGCCAAAUAAAACCUACUGAAAUAUUAAGUUCUUAAAAUUAACAAGACAAUCUCAAUUAUUAAAUCAACUUGCUCCCAACUCCUCCAAUCACUUACGCAAGCCCAAUCAAGCACACCUUAAAUGAUUUUACAGAAAAUAUUGAGAUUCAAAACAGAGUGAACUAGGUCUUAGCUCAAUCAAGAUAAGCAUUAAGUAGAUAUUAAAAUUGAUUAAUUAUAA